GCUGUGCAGGUGAGUGCGGCGUCGCUGCGGUGAGCAGUGUCCUGGCGAUCCACGCGCAGGGUCUCCCGCAGCCAGCCUUGCAGCCCAGCAGCUCUCGGCGCCCGCCGUGGCGAGUCCCGUGUGGCGGCCGCACACCAAGCCCAGAGCGCUUAGCAGGUGGCCGGCCGGAGAAGCUGUCACUGCAGCCAGAGGGUGACCGCGUUGCGGGGGCGAAGCGUCUCGAGGUGACAUCGCCAGUCUUCGGACGCUGCGGCCCUGCAGGCGCUUCAGGUCCAGCCCUUGAGAGGGAGACCAGGUGAUGGCAGCCAUGAUCCCAUCAGUUUGGCCCCAGCCCCGCGUGAAAACGGCAUGCGGUUUCUCUGCUAAGUUGGUGACCUUUGAGGAUGUGGCUGUGUACUUCACCCUGACGGAAUGGGAUAGUCUGUCCCCUGAACAGAGGGCGCUCUACAGGGAUGUAAUGCUGGAGAACUAUAGGAACUUGGCCUCCAUGGGAUUUCUACUAUUCAAACCUGCUGUGAUCUCACAACUAGAAGAGGAAAAGGAUCUGGAGAACCUGUCCCAGCUGGCCACUGGAGCAGACCCCCAGGGCCUCUGGACUGACUAUACUGCUGUCCAGACUGGCAAUAAUUUGACAGAAGAAGUAUCUGAAGAAAAAAAGAAUACAGCAUUUGAGCUUCAGAAGGAUUUUUCCCAGAAAACAAACCUUUCCAAAACUUUUGUUGUAGACCAGCGACAGGAAGUCCAGUUAAGGGGUAGUGUGACAGAGAAUAUCAUUGCCACUGAGGGAAGAGUUAAGACCAGCUCCAGGGGAGGGUAUUUCUGUAGCCAGACUCCAGAUGUGCCCCAGAAUCAUACCAACUCCACUGGAGAACAAUAUUCUGAUACCAUACUUACUAAGAAUGGAGAAAUUCCUACAGAGGAAAGAUCUUUGAAUCCCGAAGAAUUAGCAGAAACCUCUCAAGGUAGCUCUCAAGUUAGUGAGCAUCCAGAAAGCAGCACUGUGGAGAAGCCUUACCAGUGUACAGAAUGUGGCAAAGGCUUCAUUGUUAAAGCAAAAUUUGUUUGGCAUCAAAGACUUCAUAAUGGAGAGAAACCUUUCAAGUGUGUGGAGUGUGGGAAAUGCUUCAGCUAUAGUUCACACUAUAUCACACACCAGACAAUCCACAGUGGAGAAAAGCCUUAUCAGUGUAAGGUAUGUGGAAAAGCCUUCAGUGUUAACGGAAGCCUAGUUAGACACCAGAGGAUACAUACAGGAGAGAAGCCCUAUCAGUGCCAGGAGUGUGGAACUGGCUUCGGCUGUAGUUCUGCAUACAUCACACACCAGAGAACUCACACUGGGGAGAAGCCUUACGAGUGUAGCGACUGUGGGAAAGCUUUCAAUGUUAAUGCAAAGUUAAUUCAGCAUCAAAGGAUUCAUACUGGAGAGAAGCCUUAUGAGUGUAAUGUGUGUGGGAAAGGCUUCAGGUGCAGCACCCAGCUUAGGCAGCAUCAGAGUAUACACACUGGAGAAAAACCACAUCGCUGCAGUGAGUGUGGAAAAGGCUUCACUAAAAACGCAAAACUCAUUCAGCAUCAGAGAGUCCACACAGGUGAGAAACCCUAUGAGUGCAGCGAAUGUGGAAAGACUUUUAGUGCUAAGGGGAAGUUAAUCCAGCACCAGAGGAUCCACACGGGCGAGAGACCUUACGAAUGUAAUGAGUGUGGGAAGUCCUUUCGGUGUAACUCCCAGCUUCGGCAGCAUCUGAGAAUCCAUACUGGGGAGAAGCCAUACAAGUGCAGUGAAUGCGGAAAGGCCUUCAACGUUAAUGCAAAACUCAUGCAGCAUCGGCGAACUCACACGGGGGAGAAACCUUUUGAGUGUAAUGAAUGUGGGAAGUGCUUUACUUCUAAAAGAAACCUGCUUGAUCAUCAGCGAACCCAUACUGGAGAAAAGCCAUAUCAGUGUAAGGAAUGUGGCAAAGCUUUCAGUAUCAAUGCCAAGUUAACUAGACAUCAACAAAUCCAUACCAGGGAGAAACCUUUCAAGUGCAUGGAAUGCGAGAAGGCGUUCAGCUGCAGUUCUGACUAUAUUGUGCACCAGAGAAUCCACACUGGAGAGAAACCCUUCCAGUGCAGUGAGUGUGGGAAAGCCUUCCAUGUCAACGCUCACUUAAUUAGACACCAGAGGAGCCAUACUGGGGAAAAGCCUUUCCGAUGUGUCGAGUGUGGCAAAGGCUUCAGCCUUAGUUCUGACUGCAUCAUACACCAGACUGUGCAUACUUGGAAGAAGCCUUAUGUGUGUAAUAUAUGUGGGAAAACUUUCAGGUUUAGUUUCCAGCUUAGUCAGCAUCAAGAUGUUCAUAGUGAAGAAAAAUCCUAAUAGAUGAAGAAAACAGCACCAACCAACCAAACAAAACACUCCCAUGUUUAGUAGGAAAUGAUCAUGGCUCAUCAGUUAUUACUUGGAAUGAAACCAUCAGAGGGGAUGAAUAUGACAGUCUUCAUUUGGAAACUUUUCUGUUUUACUCUAUUUUUAAUCAAGAUUUAUAUGAGCAGCUGAAAGUUGUAUCUAAAAUGACUUAGUUUUAUAUCAGUAACCAGUCAGAAAAUAUAAAAGAAAACAUCCUAUCUAACAGCAUUAGGAAACGUAGAUUUCUAGGAAUAAUUAUUUUGUAGGACUAGAGGAAAUUAUUCUCCACUGAGGGAAACCAAAGAAAACAGGCAAAAGGGGUGGAGAGAAAUUAAUUUAUUUCUGCUCUUGACAAUAAGAGUGCAUAACACUUCCCUUAAAAAGGGUGGGGUAAACAUUUUUUAAAAAUUGUUUGAUAGAAGUCUUAAAAAAUAUCAGAUUCAGGGACUGGAGAGAUGGGUCAGCAGUUAAGAGCACUGGUUGCUCUUCCAAAGGUUCAAUCCCCAGCAACCACAUGGUGGCUCACAACCAUCUAUAGUAGGAUCUGAUGCCCUCUUCUGGCGUGCAGGCAUACAUGCAGAGCACUCAUACGUAAAAUAUAAAUAAAAAAUAUUUCUAAAAGAAUCAGAUCCAAAGUAGAGAUGAACAAUCAAAAAAAAGGUUGGCAAAUGACUCAUUCAAAAAUAAACCCAUGUGUUUUGUUGUAAAUAAUUCCAAAUAAGUUUGAAAUGUAAAACACACACAAAACUGGAAACACCUUGUAAAAUUUGUGAUAUAAAGUGUACUAUCUAGUAUUCAGCUUUUAACAAAAGAUAACUUAAAAAUCAACAGUGGCAUUAAUAGGCUGUGCUUCAAAAUCAUGUUCUAAAGAAGUGCUCUGCUUUAGUAGUACCCCAAGGAGUAAAAAUUAGUGAAGACAUUUUUUUUGCAUGUCACAUUGAGCAUAUGAUAUGCAUAUCCCCCCAAUACUAUGCAGCUCUCAGUGAUUAUAGAUGCUAUAUUUGCUAUAGAUGCCUGUCACACAAGCAUAAAAUAUAUUUAACAAAAUAGCAUGUUAGAGUUCCAGUUUUGUAGUGUCUGAACUCUAUAAACAUUGCUAUGUCCUGAAGGUAUGUAUCUGCUUUGGAUUUCAACUCUGUGGUCUUGGGUUCCAUGAAAAUGUUGGAAUUCUCAUGAUACUCUUUGAAGUCUCUUACUCAUUAAAAAAAAAAUCUAAGCCAUUAAUAAGAUCACUUAAGCUACCAAGAAGACAAGAAACAGUAUUUCUCCAUGUUGUCAACUGUUAAUGGGUAGCAAAGGAAAUGUUUUUCUACUCAAAACACCCUUACUACCAAAUAUCCGGGUUUCCACACCAGUUUGGUUGUCUGCAGACACCAACUAGAUGGCCUCCAAUUUAUAUCAGUUCACACACUGCUCGUAAUACACAUCCUACUGGUGAAAUGAGCUCAGUCUGAGAAGACUGCCUCUCACUCCCUCCUGCAUCUUCAGACACUGGUGAUGAGUCCUACAUUUCUGACUUGGUUACAAAUUGAACACUGCCAAGUUCACAAUUUGCUGUAGUAGCUCACAGAACCUAGAGACAAUUUACAGUUACCGUUUACAGAGUACGUGAACGUCACAUGUACUGUUGUAAUAAGAGCGGCGGAGCUGCGUUCCCAGCACCCGGCCGCCCACAUGGCUAGCUUUAUACCCGAAAUAAUUACACGGAAAC